UGUCACAAAUCACAAAUUAAAUGUCAAAACCGAAAAAGGCUAAACUGAUGUCAUCAUCGUCGUACAUUUAAUUAAUUAGAUGUUUAUUUAAUUGCUAAAGGCAGAUUUAAUAUGCAGCUGUUGGUUUUUGCAAGUAAUUUCAAGUGUUAAUGCUAUUACUUACACUCGGUGCAGUCCAAGUGGUUCGAGGACAUUGCGGUACAUUACAUUGCCUAAUUUGCAAUAUCAUGUGUUCACUAUUGGAUGUAAAAGUAUAGAGGUUUUUUGAACGGUAUAAACUGAACAGUACCAUGUCAGGUACGGAGCAGAAUAUAGUGAACUCAAUGCAACAAUUGUCUGUGCAACCUGGUAUCAGUGGCCCAACCGAGAAACCCACUCAAGUAGUUACACCAGCUGUGAAACCUUCUGCGGCUAAGACAACUCCCGUUAAGGCGAGUACAGUUUCUCCUGCUAUUGCAACUAUCGACCGCCUCCUCAGCCUCGGUGCUAACAUACCGCCCCCACCGCCUGUCAUAUCUCGUUCCUCAGACAUGGACCCACACACAGUAGAACAGCUACGAGCUGUCAAAGAACUGCUAACUGCUCAGGAAGAAGAAGCUCAAAAUUUGAGAGAUCUGAACCGUGAACUGAGAGACCGGCUUGAAGAAUGUGAAACCAAAAUAAAGAAACUGACUGAACAAAACGAGGAAUAUGCUGAUAAAGAAAAAGCACUUUCACAGCGGGUCGCUGAAAAAGUAAGAAAUAACAAACAAAUGAGUGUUGUCAUGGAAGAAUAUGAACGUACCAUUUCAUCACUUAUCGGUGAACGUGAAACUGAAGCAAAAAGAUGGACAGAAGAGAGAGGUACGCUGAUAAGAGAACGUGAUGAAGCUGCUGCACAUCUGGCUUCGAUGGAACACGCCUUCAAUGAUGUCCAUACAAAAUAUGAAAGGUGCAAAGUAAUUAUACAAGGUUACAAAAGUAAUGAAGAAACAUUAAAACGAACAGUGGAGGAGAAUAAUGAUGCUAUACAAAAAUUGGAAGCCAGAUAUGAAACACUUCGACAGCAUGCCAUGCAGCAACUGAACAAGGCUAAUGCUGAGCUUGACUCGGUGAAGAAAGUCCAUCAAGCUGAAAUUCUGAAGUUAAAUGCUAUGCUCAAGAAAAGUGAGGUACAUGCAUCAUCAUUACAGGAGUCUUUGGCACAGAAAAUCAAAGACAAUGAAGAGCUCACAGCUAUUUGUGAUGAAUUAAUCAACAAGGUUGGUUAAAUAUUCCUAAUUAUCCACAUAUUUUCAUUUUCAUAACAUGCAUUUUAUAUUUGUAUGCAGUUAGUUAUAUAAAAAAUGUGUAACAUUACUUUGUAAUGAAUAUUCUAAAACAUUGAAUACAUAAGUGUUUAAAAAGAUGCUGAUGCUGUUACCAUUUUUAAUUUCAGAAAACCAUCCUCUUACAUUGUAACAUAGUUCUAUAAAUAUUUUGUGCAAUCAAUGUGUCACUUUUUUAUUUUUGUACAAUUUUAUAAUUUAGAAUUUAAGUUUUUAACACAUUGUGACAUUUUGCUGUUGUUUAUUUUGUAGCCAAUGAGAUUUACAUUAUGUUUGCUUAUUAUUCUGCGUAACUGGUGCCUAAAUUGUUUCUGUUAUAAUUAUGUUAUGUAAUUUGUGCUAAAAGUUCAGGUUUCUCUUGUUUUGUACCUUGAAAACCAGUUACAAAAUAUGCAUUUGAGAUUGUACUCUAAUUUAUAUUUCAAAAGAUUGAUGUAGAAAGCUUACAUGUCCCAAGGGCAGUAUUUGUUGAGAUUCAAAAUGUCUUAGGGAUUAGCAUAAUUAUUUUUGUAUGGGAUAUUCAUGUUUCCUAAUAAAUCCUAGCUGCCAUAAUUCAUUUUUAAAUCUCUUUCUUUGUAUAAAUUAAUAGUAGGUAUGAUUAUUAUGAUGUGCUUAAAAUUUAAUAUAGUUAUAAUCAUUCUAUGAUAUGUUAUUGUCAUGUUUAGAGUUAGAUUAUUGAGACAUCGACAUAUAUUUAGUUAUCGCAACACAUAGCUGCAUUUCUGAUUAACAACCCUAGUUCAUCUAGUCUUAAAUAAAUCAUAUUAUUUUAUGUUAUUCUAACUAACACAAUUAAUGAUACAGAUAUUAUCUUUAUAAUUAACAAAAAGGAACCAGCUAUUCAGCCAUUACUAGGAAUAGUGAUAGAAUGACUAUUCUAGAGCACUGCAUCUGAACACCCCAAGUUGCUUGCCACCCUCUUACCAUUUCAAUUUAUUAAAUUGCUUUUUAUGCUGUUUUUAGAUUUAUUGAGAUGAGACAGUAUACCAAAAAUGUAUCUGGUACCUAAUAUUUAUGAAAAAUAAUUUUAAUUGGUCAUUAGUUUAUUAAUUUAUUAACAACUAACUUAGAUACCUACCUAAACCUGAGAUUUAUACAUGUGCCUUUUGGAAUCUAACUUUCACCAUCCAUACAGUCCAUAAUUUGAGAUUAAAAGUGUAGAAAUUACUUCUAGGUACAGGAAAUAUUAAUCGAAAUUAACACUUAAUUAGAUUCUAAAUUAUGUUACAAAUGUUAAUUCAGUUUUUGAUCAUAUUUUUUUAAAUCUUAACUUUACGCCCUGUGGAUGAAUAACUUACUAAAAUUGAAUCUAAGUAUUCAACAUUCCACAAUAAUAUUUUUAUAUGUUUUUAUGUGAAACAAAAAUGUUUUGUCCCUUGUGGAAUAA